AUGCAGCAGUUAGACCUAAUAAAUCGAGUAGAAAAUGCUUCGAGGUUUGAUUCAACAAAAUUUUAUCAUCAAGUACUUACCUAUUUUGAUUUAUUAGCUCAGGUCCAUUCAGUAAUUAUGAGCGAAAAAGGGAAUGUUUUCCUUCGAGUUUGGACAGGAAAGACACUUGGACCUAAGAAUCACCCACUGAGCCGAAAAUUAUUUCGACUUCCGGAAAAUGGAAUUGGAGAGGAAAUAAUAGCUCCAGAUUCAAAAAUCGACCAAGCAGUUUCUGAAUUGGGAUACGAACAUCUUCUUGACAUCGAUGUUUACGGAGAACAUGUUGAAACCGUCAAAUCAUUAUCGUCUGGUGACUAUGUCGUCAUUACUAAUCUACACUAUUCGCAACUAAACUCGGGUGUUCAAAUAUUGACCAUUAAACCCGCAAAAAGCGUGUCUCUUGGAGCCAACACGAUCGCCAUUAAUCAUUUCAAGUCCGAUAUACGGCAUAAGUAUUAUUUCCUAACUGAUGCUAAAGAAAAUCAUCGAUUAAAUAUGGAGAAUUCAGCCGUUGGAAAAAUUUUCUGCAGUCGCCUUACUGCUCAAAUUCUUCCAUAUGUUCUCUCGGAAGAAUAUAUUGAAAAUCUGCCGACAUCGCUUGAGGAAUUUUUUCAACCUCUGGAUAUUAGUAAGAAAUACGAUUUCCCAGAGUUUUCCGUCACCUUAUACGAUGCAAAUAAUUGCCCAGGAGCUGUUAUGUUCCUUUUUGAAGGGGAUUUGUUUCCGGACGGCGCUGUAUUGUAUACAGGCGAUUUCCGUGCGGACUCAAUGUUUCUACAAAGAUUUAGCUCUGAUAAUUUACCGGAAUCGCUCGAAAAUACACGAAUUUCAAAAAUUUAUCUUGACAAUACUUACCUUGGGAAGAAAUUGAAAAUUCUAAAGCAAUCUGAAGUGGUUGAACAUGUUUUAGACGUCGUUAAGAACUGUAAAGGAACCGUCACAAUUCCAUUAUUCGAUUUGGGAUUUGAAAAUGUUCUUGAACAAGUUUUUACAAAAUCAAAUUUAUUAUUCGAACUGCCAAUUGCUCGACGCAUGAUCGCCAAAAUUCUUGGAAAUCAGCUCGGAGUACUUCAAACUACCCAAAAUUUACAGUCGAAACCGAAAAUUAAAGUAGUUUGCAUGAAAAACUGGAAAAUGAGGCGAGACUAUGAAAUGAGCAAACAGUUAGUGAACAUCCCAUAUUCUGAACACUCAUCGCGAAUCGAAAUCUGCAAAUUUCUGGAAAUGCUGAAUUUCAAGGAAAUCGUGCCAAUUUCUGCAGCAUCAUCAGCUUCUCUUCUCUUCUAUCUGCGGAAAUUAUCCAAAAAAUCGUAA